AACCCGUACUACUGGAACGCAUCGCACGUAUACGUGCCGUACUGUUCGUCACACAUCUGGUCGGGCGAUAGCGCCGCUCGAGCGCCGGGCGAUUUUUUAUUCCUGGGCUCACGUAUUGUCGAGCACGUGAUCCGAGAGCUCCUACCCCGAGGUCUAACCGAUGCCAAACUUCUAAUACUAGCUGGGUCAUCUGCCGGCGCUGCCGGUGUGAUGAUUAACCUGGAUCUCAUUGCCAGCCUAUUGACAAGUGUAGGCUUACCGGCACAGGUGAAGGGUAUCGCCGACUCGGGUUGGAUAAUGGAUAACAAGCCGAUUGUGUCGCCCAAUAGCGCCCCUAUCGGUGCCGCCAAUACUGGUAAUGUGGAACAGUCGAGUGCUGGCCGCGUGCGCCGCACAAUACACGCGCGAGCCGUGGAAGUGUCUAUUCGGGUACCGUCUGUACCCAACACUGCGCACACCCCUAUUCAUGUUCCAGUGGCUGUACUCCGAGGCACAGAUGCAUUUGGACGGCGUAUCGUUAACCCAUUCUCAACACCAAUUCAAGUAUACCCACAGUUUGGGCCGACAGCUCAGGGCAUCCCUCGAGAACGUGUCAGCCUGUUGACAAAACCCGAUUGGAGGACAAUCGCCAUCAAUGGGGUGCGACUGCCGGACGCCAUCCGGUGUUGGGAGCAAACCUGUUCCGGGCCAACACAACCCACUACUAGCACAUACAGCCCGUCACCCGUUGGCGGCCCCUAUACUGUGAUCAAUAGACAUUCACCGCCGGCAACGGUGACCAAUGGCACACUCGGCGGCGCACAGACGGUGCCCCUAAACGACUGGCCACUCGCCGCUCAGCAACACUACACAAAACAGCAGCAAAAGAAAAAACACAAACGCCGUAAACAUAUGCGACGCCGGCAUAAGACUAAACGCGAGCAGAUUGUGCUCAACGACACCAACAGUAGUAAUAACAACAGUACCGGCGGUAAGAGUAGUGGCGGUACCGGCAGUAGUAGUGGUGGUCACAAGUCUCACAAUAGUUACCAUCACUCGCACCAUAACGAGCACCGACUGCGAGCGCAUAGCAAUCAGUGCCACCAUUGGCUCGUCGAUGAUUGCCAGUGGCCUCAGUGUAACCGAGAGUGUCCUAAAAUGCAUAAGAAUUAUAUGGAUUAG